AUGAAUGAAUUCAAUUCUACAUUUGACAAUCGCAAACAUUUAAUACUUACUGGUCAUUCAUUAGGUGGUGGUGUUGCACAUGUAUGUGCCAUAUUUAGUUUAGCUAAUAGGAGUUUUAAAGAAAAUCCGCCAAUAUAUAGUAUAGCAUUUGGUGCACCAUUUAUUGGUAAUAGUAUUGUUGCUAAAGAUUUAAUUAAAAACAAUUUUAAUAAGCAUUUUUUAACAAUAAUACAUCAAAAUGAUAUUGUACCAAAUUUAUUAAAUCUUGUUGAAACUGGUACACGCAUUCAAUCAACAAUAGCAUCCAUAAUUGAACCACAUUCAGAAAUUACUAAAACGCUUCUCUCACUUAUUACUUUAGCAACUGGUGUACCACCAAACAAGAAAAUCACGGAAUACAAACCAAUAGGACAGUAUGGGUUUAUAAGUUCAUCAUUAUCAUUAAAUAAUUCGAAUAAUCAAGAAGAUUUUAAAUGGAUUAUUACUUACCAAAGCAAUACAAUGAAAAUCGAUCAUGAAAAUAAAGACACAUUUAUUGAUAUCAUAUUAAAGAGAUUAAUCGAAUCAUGUGGUUCAUUAACAGAAACAAUUACCGACAUAAAUAUUAUUAAUCGUCGUAUGGAGAAAUAUAUUUCAUCAUUAAAAUCAUGUGAAAUUAUUCAUUGUCAAUCUUCAACAUAUAUGAGAAAAGCUCAACAAGAUAUAACUGAAUUCAAACGUUUUAAUCCAUUUAUAAGAAAAGCAACAGCUAUUUAUUCUGAUAGAAAUAUUAAAAUAAUAAUCACAGGUGAUCAUUUAGAUUUUUUAUCAUCACAUAAAAAAAUGUGUACAAUCACAUCUUUCAACCGAAUUCUAUUAUAA